AUGGUUGAAUUAUCAGAUUAUCAACGUCAGGAGAAGAUUGGAGAAGGUACUUAUGGGGUUGUUUAUAAAGCAUUAGAUACAAAACAUAAUAAUCGAGUAGUUGCAUUAAAAAAAAUUCGAUUAGAACUGGAAGAUGAAGGUGUUCCAUCAACAGCAAUUAGGGAAAUCUCAUUAUUAAAAGAGAUGAAGAAUAAUAAUAUAGUUAGAUUAUAUGAUAUAAUACAUUCAGACAGUCACAAAUUAUAUUUAGUUUUUGAAUUUUUGGAUUUGGAUUUGAAAAAAUAUAUGGAAUCAAUUCCACAAGGAGUUGGAUUAGGAUCAUCUAUGGUUAAAAGAUUCUUAAACCAAUUAAUCAAAGGAAUUAAGCAUUGUCAUAGUCAUCGAGUAUUGCAUAGAGAUUUGAAACCUCAAAAUUUAUUAAUUAAUAAAGAAGGUAACUUGAAAUUAGCUGAUUUUGGUUUAGCAAGAGCUUUUGGUGUCCCAUUAAGAGCUUACACUCAUGAAGUUGUUACUUUAUGGUAUAGAGCUCCAGAAAUCUUGUUGGGUGGUAAACAAUAUUCCACUGCUGUUGACAUGUGGUCUGUUGGAUGUAUUUUUGCUGAAAUGUGUAAUAGAAAACCAUUAUUUCCAGGAGAUUCAGAAAUUGAUGAAAUAUUUAGAAUUUUCAGAAUUUUAGGUACUCCAACUGAAGAAAUUUGGCCAGACGUUACUUAUUUACCUGACUUUAAACCUACUUUCCCUAAAUGGAAUAAGAAGAAUUUGGCUGAAUUUGUUCCAACUUUAGACUCUGAUGGGGUUGAUUUAUUAGAACAAAUGUUGAUUUAUGAUCCAAGCGGUAGAAUCAGUGCUAAAAGAGCUUUGGUUCAUCCUUAUUUCCAAGAAGAUCCUGAAAACUUUGACAAUUAUUCAAGAUCAGUCAAUAUGGAUUGA